AUGAGAUAUCAAAUCGACCAUUUGUCCAAUGGCCCCUGGGUUGGUAGCGAGGAGGCAACCACUUACAAGGACACCAAGGAGGCCUUUCCGCGGGCCCUCGACGACAUCUGGACCGGCAAUUCGGUCGUGCCGGAGCCUGUGGAAGCAUGUGUGCACGGCCUAAUCAAGCGGAGCGUCUGCGAGCGUCCCGCGGCCCCGGCCGUCUGCUCAUGGGACGGUGAAUUGACAUACCGAGAGCUGGACCAGCUGUCCAGCAAACUAGCCCACCAGCUGGCUGACCUGGGCGUAGGCCCGGGGACCAUGGUGAUUCAGUGUUUUGAGAAAUCAGUGCUGGCACCAGUUGCCAUGCUGGGCGUGAUGAAGGCUGGCGGCGCGUCCGUAGCCCUGGACAUUACGCAGCCCGAGGACCAGCUCCGUAUCAUUGCGGCUCAGGUCUCGGCUCCAUUUAUCCUCUGCUCGGCAGUCAACGAGCACUUGGCCCGGCAAAUCAGCGCCGGAGAGGUCAUCGUCGUCGACCGAGACCUCUCGGGCCCCAGCUCUGCCACCAAGCUCCGGCACGAGCUUCCCCUCGUCAGCCCAUCCGACGUGCUGUGCGUCAUCUUCACCUCUGGAUGCACCGGGGCUCCGAAAGGGGCCGUCCUCACGCACCGGAACUACAGCAGCUCCAUCAUCUACCAACAAAAAGCGCUCAGCUUCACAAGCAGCUCGCGCGUCUUCGACCACGCCUCUUAUGCCUCUCACGUUGCCUGGUCCAACCUACUGCAUACGCUGACGUGCGGUGGCUGCCUGUGCGUGCCUUCAGAGGCCGACCGGCGGAGUAACAUUGAGGGGUCCAUGGUGGCGUUGCAGGCGAAUUACGCCCAGUUCACCCCGACCAUUGCCCGGACGCUGGAUCUUUCCAGCGUGCCGGCCUUGGCGCAACUCAACUACAUCGGGGAGCCGGCCACUCCCUUGGAGCCCAACGAGCUGGGACGCCAGGUGGCCGUGCUUAAUGUCUACGGAUCGUCCGAGGUUGCCUCGCUCGCGACGCUCUGGGUCGCCAACGAGGCCGAGUCCCGGGAGCCUCUGAUCGGGCCGCGAGGCGGCAUGUGCGCCUGGGUUGUCGACGCUAACAACCCGGAGGCCUUGGCGCCCUUUGGAACCGCCGGCGAGCUGUGGCUCGAGGGACCGCUGGUCGGUCAGGGGUAUUUCAACGACGGCCACAAGACGGCGGCUGCCUUUGUCGAGGACCCGGCAUGGCUGCUACGCGGCGCCCCCAAGUGGCCUGGCCGCCAUGGCCGAGCCUACCGCACCGGGGACCUCGUGCGGUACCGGGAGGACGGACAACUCGUCUUUGUCGGCCGCAAGGAGCAAGCCAAGGUCCAAGACCAGCUGGUCGACCUCGGCGAGGUCGAGCAUCAGAUGCGCCGGGCAGUUGCGCCCAGCGGAGACGACAUCGAGAACCUGCAGCUCAUCGCCGAGACGAUCCAGCCGCAGGGUGCCGACACUGCCAUCCUGGUGGCUUUUGUGGCUUUUGACAGCGCCAGAGACAUGACGGACGAGGAGUAUGGCAAAGCCGCGCACCUGGCCACCGUCGGACUGACGGACGAACUGGCCAAGACGCUGCCGCAGUACAUGGUGCCCGCGGCGUACAUCCCCAUCCAAGCCGUCCCGAUGACGGCCACGGGCAAGGUUGACCGGCACUGUCUGCGCUCCAUCGGCUCCCUGCUCACAGACGAGGAAAUUUCACGGCUCAGGGGCGGCGGCAGGCACAUGCCGCAGUCAGAGACGGAGCACUUGAUGCAGGCUCUGUGGGCCCAGGUCCUCGUGGUCGAGCCCGGCAGCAUCGGCAGAGACGCCGACUUCUUCAGCAUCGGCGGAGACGCAACCAAGGCCCUGCGGCUCAGCAGGCUGGCGAGCAAGAGCGGCCUCUUCUUUACCGCCCGCGAGGUCUUCCAAAGCCCCUGCCUGCGCGACUUGUCUGCCUUGGCGAUCUCGCCCACCCUGCCUAGCGCCUCGGCCAUCCCCCCCCUGUCGCUGCUCGAGCGUCCCAUGGAUGAGAGCGAGGUUCGGGCUCACGCGGCGCACCACUGUCACGUCCAGGAAGCCCAGAUACUCGACAUCCUCCCCUGCACACCCCUCCAGGCCGGCCUGCUGGCCCUGACGGCGCGGCAGAGCGGCGCCUACGUGGCCCGCAACGUCUUUGAGCUGGGCAGCGACAUCGACGCGGACGGGUUCCGCGCUGCCUGGGACCAGGUCGUCGCGCUCAACCCCAUCCUCCGCACGCGCAUCGUCAGCCUGCCGCACCACGGCGUCGUGCAGGUGGUGCUGGAGGAGGGGGCCCAGUGGUCCGCGGCCACCAGGCUCGACGACCUGCAGCGAGACGGCGGCGACGUCCCCAUGGGCCUCGGCGUCCCGCUGACGAGGUUUGCACUCGUCGGCGAAGACGGCGGCAGCCGCUGCUUUGUCUGGGACAUCCACCACGCCCUCUACGACGGAUGGUCGCUGCCGCUGCUGCUGCAGGAGGCCGAGCACGCCUACUACCGCGAGUCCAGCCCGCCGCUCGAGCCCAUGACGGCCUUUAUCAAGUACAUUGUCGAGCGCGAGGAGACGGCCACAAAGGCCUUUUGGCACGCCCAGUUUGCCAACCUCAAGGGCGCGCACUUCCCCCUGCCCAAGACGGCGACUUACACGGCCCGUCCCGACUGCCAGCUGAGCCUGGCCGUGCCGGGCCUCAAGUGGGGCCGCGGCGACGUCACGCCGGCCACCAUGGUCCGGGCCGCGUGGGCCGUGAUGGUGGCCCACAGCGCCGACUCGGACGAGGCCCUGUUCGGCCUGACCGUCACGGGCCGGCAGGCGGCCAUCCCCGGCAUCGAGCGCAUGGCCGGCCCCGCCAUUGCCACGGUGCCGCUCCGCGUCGCCCUCGACUGGGAGGACAGCGUCGGGCGGCUGCUGGGCGCGGUGCAGCGCCAGGCCGUCGAGAUGAUCCCGCACGAGCAGACGGGCCUGCAGCGCAUCCGCCGCGUCAGCGAGGCCGCCGCCGUUGCCUGCGGCUUCCAGUCCCUGCUCGUCAUCCAGCCGGGCAGCGGCGACGGUGGCGACUCGGCGACGCCCGCCAGGCCCUUUCUCACCGAGCCUCGGGGCGAUGACCACCACGCGGCGCAGUGGCAGGACUUCAGCACCUACGCCAUUGUCGUCGAGUGCCAGCUCGAGGCCGACGAGGUCCGCGUGCGCAUCGGCUUUGACUCGAGCGUCGUUGGUCAGCAGCAGAUGGGCCGUAUCGCCCGCAGCUUCGAGCGCGUCCUGCGCCAGCUCGCCGACGGCACCCGCAGCAAGGAGAAGCUCGCGGCCGUCAUCAUGCCCAGCCUGUGCCAUGCGUCCGUCGAGGAUAUCUGGGCUUGGAAUGCCAAGGUCCCCGCUCAGGUCGACGACUGUGUGCACAACCUUGUCACGCAGAGGGCCCGCGACCACCCGCUCGCCCCGGCUGUCUGUGCCUGGGACGGCGAGCUGACGUACGCCCAGCUGGACGAGCUGUCUACCCGCCUGGCCUAUCGUCUGGCGGAUGCCGGCGUGGCGGGAACCGUUGUGCCCCUCUUCUUCGACAAGUCUGUGUGGAUGCCCGUGGCUGCGCUGGCAGUCAUGAAAGCUGGUGGAGCCUCCAUUGCCAUGGAGACUUCACAGCCCGAGGAGCGGUUGCGCGGCAUUGCCGCCCAAGCCAACUCUCCCGUCGUCGUCGCCUCCAUGCAAAGGAGCGACCUCGCCCGCCGCCUUGUGACCAAGGAGGUAGUCACCGUGGGGCCCGGUGCCCAAGAGUCGCCCCCUGAGUCCAAGCGGCGCGCCCUGCCAGCCGUCACGCCCUCGAGCGUCCUGUAUGUCGUCUUCACGUCGGGCAGCACGGGAACGCCAAAGGGCGCCAUUGUGACACACGGCAACUUCUGCAGUUCCAUUGUCUAUCAGCAGAAGCAAAUGGGCUACAACGACCAGUCGCGCGUCUUUGACUUUGCUUCGUAUGCCUUUGAUGCUUCGUGGUGGAAUCUGCUCCACGCCCUGACCGCGGGCGGAUGCCUCUGCAUCCCCUCGGCCAAGGAGCGGGAAAACGACUUGGCGGCAUGCAUCGAGAAAUACCGCGUCACGACGGCCGACUUGACUCCUUCGGUGGCGCGCUUCCUGGGUCCCAAGGUCCUCUCGAGCCUGUCCACGCUUGUCCUGGGCGGCGAGGCCGUGCUGCCGAGUGACGCGCACCUGGCUGGCGACAAUACGCAAAUCAUCAACGUCUAUGGUCCUGCCGAGUGCACACCGGCCGUCACCUUUGCCCAUGUCACCCUGGACCCCAUCACCAUCGGUCGGGGGGCCGGUGUCUGCACGUGGGUUGUCCAGGUCGACGACCACGACUCCCUGGCGCCCAUCGGAGCCGUCGGCGAGCUCUGGGUCGAGGGCCCCCUCGUCGGCCAGGGCUAUCUGAACGACGCCGAGAAGACGGCGGCAGCCUUUGUGCAAGACCCCGCCUGGCUCACCCGGGGCGCUCCUGGACACGAGGGCCGCUCCGGCCGGGUUUAUCGCACCGGAGACCUCGUCCGCUAUAGGGACGACGGGUCGCUCCUCUUUGUCGGGCGCAAGGAUACGCAGGUGAAGAUCCGCGGCCAGCGUAUUGAGCUCGGCGAGGUCGAGCACCACGUCCGGCAGGCCAUGGAGUCGGUCGAGGGUGUUGACGUGACCAACGCGCAGGUGACUGCCGAGACGAUCCAGCCGGCCGGUGCCAGCAGCGCCAUCCUCAUCGCCUUCAUCAACCUCGACCUUGCGGCGGUGACGUCUGAAGACUCCCACAAUGCCGCCGUGAAGAAGGUGACAGACGGACUCGCAGAUCGACUGGCCCAGACUCUCCCGGUCUUCAUGGUGCCCUCGGCAUACAUCCCCGUCCACAAGAUCCCCAUGAUGACCACUGGCAAGACAGACCGACGCCAGCUCCGCACCAUCGGGGCUGAGUCGUGGCUGAAGUAUCGCGGAGUGUCGGGCAAGAACGAACCUGACGAGACGCUGACGGAAGUGGAGAAGCUGCUUCAAAAGGUCUGGAUGACCGUCCUCAACCUCACGGCCGAGGAGGCGUCGGUCAGCAAGGCCUUUACCCGGCUCGGCGGCGACUCCAUCUCGGCCAUGCAAGUCGUCUCCCAGUGCCGGCUUCACAAUCUGUCCUUCACCGCCAGUGACGUCCUCCAGGCGGGAACCAUCCGCAAGCUAGCAGCCCGCUGUCAGUUCAUGUCUCAGCAAGAGCCCCUGACGGAAAGCGAUGAGGAAAAGGCCGACCGUGAGGCAUUUGACCUUUCGCCCAUCCAACAGAUGUUCUUUGACGUCUACCCCGAGGGUCUGAACCACUACAACCAGGGCUUCAUCCUCGACCUCGGCCAGCCCGUGCCCGUCGAGACCCUGCGCAGGGCCUGCCGCGCAAUCGUCAAUCGCCAUGCCAUGCUCCGGGCUCGCUACAGCAAGGACCCCGAGGACGGCCGCUGGAAGCAGUCUAUUCUCGGCGAGGACGACGAAGAGUCGUAUGCCUUUUCUGCCAAGACAGUGGCCAGCCGGGCCGAGGUGACGGAUGCCGCGCAGUGGCGCCAGGGCAACAUCGACAUCCGCGAGGGACCCGUCUUUGCCUGCGACGUCUUCCAGAUAGACGGCGGCGACCAGGUCCUGGUUCUCUCGGCUCACCAUCUGGUCAUCGACCUAGUGUCGUGGCGCAUCGUCUGGAGCGACAUCGAGGACUUUGUCAAGCUCGGCGAGCUGCGUUCGCAGAAACCCACGUCGUUCCGCACGUGGUGCCGCCGCCAGGCCCGGGUCGGCAGCAGCCUGUCCCCCCUGAGUGUGCUUCCUUUCACCGUUCCAAAGGCGGAGCUGGAAUUCUGGGGGCUCCCGCAAAGCAAGAACACCUUUGGCAACUGCAACAACCACACCGAGGUCUUUGAGCGGGAGACGAGCACGCUGCUCCUUGCAGACGGCAAUGAGAGCCUUCGGACGGAGCCAAUCGACCUUAUGGUUGCCGCCAUUGUCUAUUCCUUUCACAAGUCGUUCCCCGACCGUCCUCUUCCCGUUGUCUGGGUUGAAGGCCACGGCCGCGAGCAGUCCAACGAUCUGCCCUUGGACGUGUCUGAGACAGUCGGCUGGUUCACCACGAUGCACCCGCUGCCGGUUCCAAUCACGUCCGAGAGCUCCGUUCUCGACGCCGUGCGGCUUGCCAAAGAUACCAGGCGCAAGGUGCCGAACAAGGGCCAGCCUUAUUUUGCCUGCCGAUACCACAGUGCUUCGGGCCGCGAGGCCUUUCAGGGCCAUGAAGUCGCUGAAAUCACCCUCAACUUCACUGGCCGCUACCAGCAGCUCGAGAGCGAGGAGAGCCUCUUUGGGCGGUCUGAGCAGCCGGCCGAGGCCGAGCGGUCCAUCACUGAAGUCUCCGAAACGGCGUCGCGAACUGCCAUGAUCGAGGUCAAUGCCGGCGUCGAGGAAGGCAACCUCAGCGUUUCCUUUUGCUUCCACAAAGACAUGAAGCAUCAAGACCGGCUCCAGCAGUGGACCGAGGAGAGCUUCUACCAGACCAUCAAGUCCCUCGCCAGCCAGCUCAAGGAAGCCCCCGUCAGCUUCACUCUCUGUGACCUGCCCCUGGUCCACCUGUCCUACCGCGGCCUCGACACGCUUCUCAAGGAGCAACUCCCCAGCAUGGGCAUCAAGCCGCAUCAAGUGGUCGACAUCUACCCAUGCUCGCCCCUGCAGGAGGGAAUCCUGCUCAGCUCCUUCAAGGGAGCAGCCACGUACGACACCUAUUCCGUUUAUCGCUGCUUGCCAAGCGAGCCGGCCACCAGCGCCAUCUCGCCCUCCAAGAUGGAGGCCGCUUGGAGGCGGGUGGUGCCUCGCCACACGAUCCUGUCAACGGUCUUCAGCAUGCACCCCGAGGGCAGCGGGUUCCUCCAGAUUGUGCUCUCCAACCCCAAGGUCCGCGUCACGCAGAUCACAACCACCCAGCAGCAGAGUCCAACUGCGGCCCUGUGCAAGCUGGAGCGGCCGACGUUCAGCCCGAGCGAGCCGCAGCAUGAAUUGACUAUUUGCCGGUCGGAGACGGGCGAGGUGGCGAUUCGGCUGGACGUGAGCCACGCGCUCAUCGAUGCCUAUUCCAUGUCUGUCCUGGUCCAAGAGCUCACGGCGGCCUACGACGACUGCGGCUUGCCGCCAGCCCCGGCGUUUGGCGACAUGGUGCGCUUCAUCGACAGCACGCCGAAGACUCAGCGAGUCGCGGCGUGGACCUCGCUGCUUGACGGCGUCGAGCCCUGCGUCGUCCCUGUAUCGCAGCCCCCGCCGGGUGAGGCUUUCCGGGAGAUUCACAGCGACGUCUCUGUCCCGACCAACCUGGUCUCCAACAUCACCGAGUUCUGCAAGGAAAUCGGAAUCACGAGGGCGACUUUCCUCCAGGUUGCCUGGUCUAUGGCGCUCUCACAAUUCACCGGGAUGCGCGAGGUCUGCUUCGGCUACCUUGCCUCCGGACGGGAUGCCCCCGUGGACAAGAUAGAGGCCAUGGUCGGUCCCUUGGCUAAUCUGCUCAUCAGCCGCAUCGAUCUGCAGGCGUCCGCCAGGCAGGUGCUGGAGACUGCGUCAGAGCGGUCGAUCCAGCAUCUGGCCAUGCAGCACGCGUCCUUGGCCGAAAUCCAGCAUCAUCUCGGCCUUUCUGGACAGCGGCUGUUCAACACUUCCCUCUCGAUCCGCGAGGCCGACAAGCUCAAGGGCACCGAUGCCCGGACCUUUUCUUUUGAGAAUGACACGGGCGAGGACCCGCACGAGUACGACUUGAGCCUGAGUGCCAAUAUCGACGGGAACAAGAUGGACAUUGUCAUGGAAUUCCGCGAGCCGUACAUCAACAAACAGGUGGCUCGGGAGGCCUGCACGACGCUCAACAGGGCCAUCGAGUACCUCCUCGACGCCGGAGGCAACUCUGGCGGAACCGAGACGCUCUUUGGCGGCUUCUUCAAACACAUUGUCGGCGCCGACGAGACGGCAGCCACCGACUUCUGGCGAGACCAGUUCGCCAAUGUCCAGGGAUCCCACUUCCCGUCGCUCAAGACGGCCUCGUACCACCCUCGGCCCGACAGCUGCGUGGAGCUCUCCAUGCUGGGCCUGGACUGGCAGAGGAGUGGCUUCUCCGCGGCUGCCAUGAUCCGGGCCGCGUGGUCCGUCGUCACGGCCCGAAGCAUGGGCUCCAACGAGACUAUCUUUGGCGCCGCCGUCAAUGGCGGCGAGGCUGCCUCGGCCGUGGUGCCGGUCCGCGUCCGACUGGACUGGGAGUCCAACACCCGCCAGCUUCUCCAAGACGUACAGAGCCAGGCUGCCGGAAUGGCUCCGUUUGAGCGCACCGGCCUGCCACAAAUCCGCCGUGUCAGCGACGAGGCCGCCUUGGCGUGCGAUUUCAAGUCGCUUCUCGUCGUCUAUCCUGCCAACCAAGCCAGCACGCCUCCUGCGGCCGUGAACGGAGACAGGAAAUGCUGGAAGGGCACCGGCUCGCACGCCCUGGUGGUCGAGCUCCGUCCUGGAGCCGACGGGGCCAUCGUCUCCCUCUCCUUUGACUCCAACUGUGUCGGGGAAGCCCAAGUCUCGCGCAUCCUCCACCAAUUCCAGCACGUUCUGUAUCAACUGAUGGCUGUCGACGGGCAAGGCUCGGACAGGCUGCGGGACGUGACUGUGGUCAGCCAGCGCGACCUCGACGAUAUCUGGACCUGGAACGCAACGGUGCCCGAGGCAAUCGAGGCUUGCGUGCACGACUUGAUCGAGACGCGCGCCGCUGAACACCCCUUGGCGCCUGCCAUCAGCGCGUGGGACGGCGACUUGACUUAUGGCCAACUGAGCGAGCUGUCCUCCCGGCUGGCUCACCAACUCGCCGGCAAGGGUGUAGGUCCGGGUUCGAUUGUGCCGCUGUGCUUCGAGAAAUCCAUGUGGAUGCCUGUCGCCGCGCUCGCCGUGAUGAAGGCCGGCGGCGCGUCUGUGGCCAUCGACUCGACGCAGCCAGAGGAGCGCAUCCGCGCCAUCACCAGCCAAGUGCGGACGGAGAAGCCCCUCGUCAUCCUGUCCUCCGUCGCCAACGCGGAGCUCGUGCAGAAGCUCGAGGCGGACGAGGUCGUCGUUGUCGGCCUCGACCGGCUUCCGGACUCGCUCCCGGAGCGGUAUCCCGACCUGCCGCCCGUGAGCCCGUCGGAGAUUCUCUACGUCGUCUUCACUUCGGGCAGCACCGGACGUCCCAAGGGAGCCAUCAUCACGCAUCGCAACUUUUACAGUGCCAUCGUGUACCAGCGGGAUGACCUCGGGUACCACCGCGACUCCCGCGUCUUCGACUUUGCCUCCUACGCCUUUGACAUCGCGUGGUCGAAUCUGCUGAAUACGCUGACCGUCGGUGCCUGUCUUUGCAUCCCCUCAGCCGCGGAGCGUGAGAACAACCUGCCGGGCUGUCUCGAAAAGUACAAGAUCACAGUCUCGGACCUCACGCCCUCGGUCGCCCGCUUCAUCGAGCCCAAGUCGGCGCUGCAUAACCUCACGACGCUCCUUCUGGGAGGCGAAGUCGUGCUUCCAAGCGAUGCCCUCCUCGUCCCCGAGGAUACGCUUGUGGUGAGCGCCUACGGUCCUGCGGAAUGCACACCGACGAGCACCAUCCUGCACUUGAAGGGCAACAGCGAGAUGGGCAUUGGCCGUGCCGCUGGCCUCUGCACUUGGGUCGUCGACAUUGACAAUCCCGAGGCCCUGGCUCCCAUUGGCGCCAUCGGCGAGCUAUGGCUUGAGGGCCCUCUUGUUGGAAAGGGGUACCUCAACGAGCCCGAGAAGACAGCAGCGGCCUUUAUUCAAGACCCCUCCUGGCUCAAGCGCGGCGCUCCCGGCACCCGAGCCGGCCGCGGCGGGCUGGUCUACCGCACGGGUGAUCUCGUGCAGUACAAGGAAGACGGCACGCUCCUCUUCAUCGGCCGCAAGGACACGCAGGUCAAGAUCAGGGGUCAGCGCGUCGAGCUGGGCGAGGUUGAGCACCAUGUACUUCAAGCCGUCAAAGCCGCCGAGCCCGCGGCAAGCGUUCAGAUUAUUGCCGAAACUAUCCAGCCAAGCGGAGCCGAGAGCAAGAUUCUCGUUGCUUUUGUGGCUCUCGACAAUGCAAAGGACUUGGCCUCGGAGGAAUAUGACGACGCGGUCCGGCAGCUAACGACGGGCCUGAACGACCGGCUUGCCGAGGCGUUGCCCGUCUUCAUGCUCCCAUCGGCUUAUAUCCCGAUUCAGACGGUGCCCAUGAUGACGACGGGUAAGGCAGACCGCAGGCAGCUCCGCGGCAUUGGCUCCGCGCUCUCGGCCAAGGACAUUGCGAAACUGAGCCGGGUUGACGGCGAUCGCCGGGCUCCGCGGACCGACACUGAGCGCAUCAUGCAGACCCUGUGGGCCGAGGUCCUCAACAUCGAGCCGGAGAGCAUCGGUAUCGACGACAGCUUCUUCCGCAUCGGUGGAGACUCUAUCGGGGCCAUGAGGUUGGUCGGCAACGCGCGGAACAGGGGCCUCGCCCUCUCCGUGCGAGACGUUUUCCAAAACCCCAUACUUCGUGACCUUGCUACGCUCGACAACUUGGAUGCUUCCAUUCCUGUCGCCAAUUAG